AUGUAUCGCCCAGCAGGUUAUGAUGAUUCUGAUGAUGAUGAUUUUGAUGAUUAUGGGUUCAUAAGCUCUUAUUCUGGGGUUAAGACUAAACCGAACACAUUGGUCAACAUGCAAACACCCAUUGACGAUUUCGAUACUCUCCUUUAUAACGCUGUGUUGGACGGAAACUUAGAAGAGAUAAAACGAAUUUUGAAGGAGGAUGAAUAUUUUCGAGCUGGUGAAAUACUUCGACAAGGAUGGCCAUUAUUGUUUUAUGCAUGUUUUGAAGCCAAACUCGAAGUCGUAGAAUAUCUUGUGCAGGAGUUGAAGAUGGAUGUGAACCGCUUGUACAAUCUGCAAUCUGCCCUUAUGAUUACGUGUAGCUCAACGCAUGCUACAGAGCAGGUGUAUCCUAUUGUUAGAUUGUUAUUAGACAAUGGUGCAAUCAUAGGCUUGCUUGAUCAAUACGGAUACUCGCCGCUCAUGUUAGCCUGCAAAGAAGGCCACCUAGAGGUUGUCAAAGAAAUUGUGGGUGAAUCAUCUUUACUUUCAGCAGAUAAUGAUGGAAACACUGCACUUUUUCAUGCAGUAAAUAACAACCAUUACGAAAUAGUAAUGGUUUUGCUUAAUGCUGGAGCUCUUACACACAUCGUGAACGGGCAGGGGUGUACCCCGAGGCAGUGUGCCAUUAACAAAAAUUAUAAAAACAUAGCUGAAUUAUUUCCUGAAGAAGAAACUCCGUAUGAAUUACCAUCCAAGUUUUUAUGCUAUAAGAAUUAUCGCAACUUAAUUCAUGGUGACAAUGAAAAAGCUUCACCCAAUUAUUGUCCUGACAUCGGUUUGAUGCUGUUUGGCAUGAACAGCGAAAGCAAACUUGCUAUUUUUGCCCAGGCAAAUAUGAACCUAUUUGAAUUUUUAACCUUAACCGACGAGAAACUUCAAUUCCUAAAUAUGAAGUAUCCCAUCGAGCGGAAACGUAUUCUUCUGGGUUUGUACGAUUUUCAUCUACAAAAAUGGUCAAAUAACAGUGUCUGGACAAUGUCCAAGCAAUCUAUUUUAGAUUUUUAUGAUCUUUUAGAAGCUUUUGGAAAUAUUCUAAAACACCUCACAGUUAUGCAUGGGUCAGUGGUGUUCACUAAAACGCUAACAAGCUCGAAUGGUUCUAAAGCAUUUUCUCAUGCUAUUCAAAAUUCAACCAUGAUCGAAAGUUUGGCAAAUUUUCUCAUCAAAAUACGAGAUGUAAAAUCUCAAAUAAACACUUUGCAUAAACUGUCUUCUCCAAACCCCGUGCUUUAUGUUAAACCCAAACACAAAAAAGUAAAUUUUUUUUCAAAAAUGGUUAAAGUUUCAAUUUGCUUGAUGAUCGGAAGUGCUGUGUGUUUGUUGAAAUGUAGUUCAAGAAAGCUGUAA